UUAGGAAGGCACAGUAAAAAAAGGACAAAAUUAACUGAGGAAUUGGGACCCAUGGAGAACGGAGUGGCCCAGGACCCGCUGCUGACCUCAUCAAAUGCAGGAAAAUGUCCAGGGGAAGGGGAUGGCACUGACCCUAGCCCUCCACCAAUACCCCCACCCCCACGUUCUCCACCACCCCCACCACCUCCUGCCAGACCUCGUCUGAUCUUUCACACUCAGCUAGCCCAUGGAAGCCCAACAGGGAAAAUCGAGGGUUUUACUAAUGUGAAGGAGCUCUAUGCCAAAAUAGCUGAGGUUUUUGGCAUCUCUCCAACAGAGAUUCUGUUUUGCACAUUGAACACACACAAGGUGAACAUGCAGAAGCUACUUGGAGGGCAGAUUGGUCUAGAGGACUUUAUUUUUGCUCAUGUCCGUGGAGGAACCAAAGAAGUGGAGGUGACCAAGAAUGAAGACGCUCUGGGUCUAACAAUUACAGACAAUGGAGCAGGCUAUGCAUUCAUCAAGAGAAUAAAAGAGGGCAGCAUCAUUGAUAGAAUCAAGGCAGUGUGUGUGGGGGAUCACAUUGAAGCCAUUAAUGACCAAAGCAUUGUGGGAUGUCGUCAUUAUGAUGUUGCCAAGAUGCUGAAGGAACUGCCCAAGAAUGAAUCCUUUACACUUCGGUUAGUGGAACCCAAGAAAGCAUUUGAUAUGAUUGGUCAGAGGAGUAAACCAAGCAAGGCUGUGAAUGAUGGGAGAGUCAGCACAGGCCGUGAGACUCUACGCCUACGAUCCAAAGGGAUGGCCACUGUGGAGGAAGCGCCCUCUGAGUUUGAAGAGACAGCUUCCAGGAAAGUUGAUGACCUGCUGGAAAGUUAUAUGGGGAUCAGGGAUUGUGACCUUGCCUCCAUGGUGGUGGAGACAGGAAGAGAGAAGACUAAUGCUGAUGAGUUUGCACAGGCUCUGGACUGCAUCCUUGGAGAGUUUGAAUUUCCAGAUGAGUUUCUCUUUGAUGUUUGGAAAGCCAUCGUGGAAGCAAGGAAUGAGAAACACUGAAGACCACAGCCCUCCCUCAUCCCACUACUACCAAUACCAUAUUUUGCCUGGACAGACUGUAGGCAAAAGAAAUUACUACCUACCUUGUGCUACCCGCCGUUCAAAGAAAAAACGAUCACUCAGAUAUGUUGCUGACCUGACGAGUGCAAAGAAGUAUAGCGAAUACCUAAAGGCAGGAAUGACAUUUUGUAAGCAAGGCCUAGACAGGCUUUUAAUUAUGGAGGCAAUAAGCGUAAAGGUGACAAUUAUUCUAAACUUGGCCACUGAUGUAAUACCUUUCAGAUUUUCCCCUUUGGGUGGGGGAGGGAGCGUUGUUAUACAUUUCAGCUGUUAUACAUCACCUUUCCCAAAUGAGUAGCAUGCCAACACCUAUAUCUUGCAUGUAAAUUUAAAGCAGAAAUGCACCUUUGUUUGUAGUACUCUUACUUUAAUUUUCAUAACGACGUUUCCUCACUCAGAGUCAUAUGAUAACCUCACGCUUUUAGAACUUUCAAAUGGUAUCCUAGAGAUUCAGGCUCUGGUCUUUCAAUUUGUGUUUGAAACUGUGUUCUGCUUCAGAUUAAUUACAAGAAAACUUUAGAAAUAUAAAAUAUGAUUUACUUUGCAUUUCAUAUUAUCACCAAACCUAGGACAUAUUGACAAGUCCUUCACAUUUAGAUAACCAACUUUUUUAUUAAAAAAGGACUGUCAUGAAAUGGUUUCUAAAUUAUUUAAAUAGGUACUGAUUUAAAGGUAUAAAUAUUAUAACAGUUUAGGUGGUUUGUACAUAUACGUCUAACUUAUAUAUUUACUUGCAUUCUCUUAGGUGGAUUUGUUUCGUUAUUAUUGUAUUACUUUUUAAAAGGAUGGAGUAUAUUAUUGAGACAUGUCUAAGUUUGUAACUUCUAUUCACAUAUAUAUUGAACUGUGUACCACUCUGUACAGCGACAUAUACAAUUUCAGUGAUAUGAAUUGAAUUUGCCACUUGAACUGCAUUGUGGCAGAAGAUAGUUUAAUAAUCCCUUAUCUGACUUGUAUAGUUAAUAAAGAAAUAAUAAAACAAGGAAAUUACCAAAUACACAUAAAUAAGAUGCUAAGAACAUAAACAAGUUUCAAGGCGGGUGACAUGAAAGUAUCCAUCCAGUUUAAUAUGGUUUCAGAAAAUAGGAAAUAUACUAAACUAUCUCAAAAAAAUGGUGGCUCUAUAGCUUCAGAUUCUUUUUUUUAUUUGUCUCUGAAAACAGGAGUCUCAAGGACUGGAAGAAACAAAAAUGAUAGCAUAAACAGUAACCAUUUGAAAUGUCAGCAUACACUACAGCAAGCCCCAAAACAGAGAGACUAAAUGGCCAAAGAAAACGGACUUAAAUAUACCCAGUUUAAGAUGAACAUUUUGCAGAAUAUUCCCUUUUCUCAGAGGUAUGAUGAGCUUAGAGUUGGUAUAUAUGUGUGUGUGUGUG